GCCUAGCCUAGAUAGGCAGGAAUCAGGUGAUGAAUUUGAUGAAUUCCAGCUAUCUAGGAAGGAUUCACUACCUAACCCUGACUGCCUGCCUAUUCUAUCCCUAGGAGUUUUAGAUAGGGUCCUGCAGGAUUUCUUCCAGGAUAAUUCUGCUACUUUUUAGUCACCUAAGCAACAGGAGGCCUUUCAUCUAAUUAUAACUAAGCCAUUAUAUUGCUUUAUUAUUCUACCUACUGCUGCUGGUAAAACAACACUAUUCCUAAUUAGGGCUAGCUUGGCAACUAGUUAUACUACCAUUAUCAUUUUACUACUAAUAUCACUAAAAUUGGACCUCCAAACCAAAGCAACUACCUUAGGCCUCCAACCAAUCCUA